AUGAGACGACAGGGUCAAGGAGCCUACGCGAACCUUGUUAAAGAACUAAAUGCCGAAGAGCCAGAGCAAUUUCGACAAUAUCAUCGUAUUGACAGGCAGUCAUUUGAAAGCAUUUUAACUAUGGUGAACCCAUUGAUAGUAAAGCAAGACACGCAAAUGCGGUUUUCGAUCAGUCCGAGAGAACGUCUCACUGUCACAAUACGUUUCCUUGCAACAGGUCAGGUUUAUAGACAUUUUUAUAAAUAAUUAUACAAGCUCGUAUUGUAUAAAUAUGAGACAAAUCGUAUCAUGUGCACAUUUACAAAACUAUUUAAUCUAUUAAAUUUUAGGUGAAUCAUUUAGAAGUUUGGCUUUUCAAUUCAGGAUGGGAGAAAGAACAAUAUCUGGUAUCAUUGAAGAAACAUGUUUGGCACUGUAUGGGACAAUGAAGGGAAACUUCUUAAAGGUGCUGUAUUGUUGCAACGUCUUAAUUUGUAAAAAAUAGUAUAUUUGUAGUAUAUUUAAAAUUUCCACAUAAAUUUACGAUCUCAAAUUCUCACAGAUGUCUAUACUGAAAAUAUUAAAUCGUACUGGGAUUCUGGGACUGAAGUCUGAUGUAAAGUCAAUCAAUGACAACAAGAGCCAAGUGCUGCCACGAUAUGUUAACUGAGUAUAUGGAUUACAAAAAUAAAAUAUUAAUUAGAAAAAUAGUGAUACAAUAUUUUAUUAUACAACAAUAUUACACAUAUCAAUAAAUAAUAAUUUAUUAUUCAACAUUUAAUUAUAAAUAAUAAUUCAAUAUUCCUUCAACAACAAUAAUUCAUUAUAUAACAUAUAUAUAGUUAAUAAAUAAAAAUUAAAUAUUAAUUAUUCAACAUAUUUUAAUAAAUAAUAAUUUAAUACAAUAAUUACUCAGCAUCAAUAUAUGUAAUGAGUUAUUCAACAUGUAGGUUGUUUUCUUGUUGCUGGAUCAACUCAGGCCAGUUGCUUUGACCAAGGUUGCAUAGAGGGGUACUAGAUGUACUUGGGAAAUUCUGCUGCACCCUUCCAUAAGAGGGGAAAUUCAUCAUUGGUGGAUUGGGUGGAAACCAGUUGUGUUGUGGAUCAGGAGCUGAUGAAAAUGCUGUGUUGUUUCCCUCUUGGUAUGAUAGUGUCCCCAUUUGUGCUUGGAACAAUACAUUGUUUAUAUGGUGUUUGGCCAAAUGUGUCAUUCUUGGCUCAAGUUCUGCCAAUGAUUCAGUCACAUACCGACCAAAUGAGCUCAUUGAUUCAUCAUGAGUGUCAGCUGUUUUAUGCCGUUUGUUUUGUCGUUCUGCUAUUGAGGUUGCAAGGCCUUUGAUUAGCUCAAAUUCCUGCUCUGCCUGUUUCCUUCGGGAUAACUUACCAGUUAAUGGCUGUUUGGUUGGCAGUGCAGGUGAGGUUUCACUGUCAGGAUCAUCAUCAUUUGCCAACAAAUCAUCAGCGAUACUGUCCGCAUCAUUAAUGCUCUCAUUCAGGCUAUUUAGCUGAUCUGUCGACUCGGCACUAUCUGGAAUGGUAGUAUGUGACACAGUCUAAUCAAAGUGUAACAAAAAAAAUUGUAUUAAAUUUUAUUAUGCACUUUCUUUUUUCAGACUCCAUCAUCUGUGGCAGAUUGGUUGGUGGUCUCAAAAGAGUUUGAAGAAAAAUGGAAUUACCCAUCAUGCAUAGGGGCGAUAGAUGGAAAGCACAUUGCCAUACAGAAUCCAAAUGACAGUGGCUCUGAGUUUUACAACUAUAAGCAUUUCUACAGUGUGUUACUUUUGGCUGUAGUUGAUGCCAAUUACAAAUUUAUUUAUGUAGAUGCUGGAGCUGCUGGACGUGCUGGAGAUGCUGGGCUCUUUAAUGCUUCAGUCCUGAAGAGGACCUUAGACGACGGGUCCCUCAAUUUACCACCACCAGCAUGUGUUGAAGGAAUACCAGAGGCCUUAAUCAAUUAUCAUAUGGUUGGAGAUGAUGCGUUUGCACUUACUAGGAAUAUGAUGAAACCAUAUCCCCACCGACAUAUGGAUAAACCCAAACGCAUUUUCAACUAUCGGUUAUCUCGCGCCAGACGGGUUGUUGAAAAUGCGUUUGGAAUUCUUGCCAGCCGAUUUCGUGUGUUUCUCACAACAAUAAAGUUAAGUCCCCAACGAGUGACGUACUUGAUCCUGGCAUCAUGUUGCCUCCACAAUUUUAUGGUCGACAACAACAAGCAUGCAUACACCAGUGCUGGUGAUGUUGAAAGUGGAGAUCACACAUUCUUGUCUGGAGCAUGGAGAGCUGACCCUCCACUCAACCGUUUGCAGUCCUGCACCACCGACCGCAACCCCACAAGAAGUGCAAAGCAACAACACCAGCUUCUCACCAGCUAUUUCUCGGGUGCUGGGGCUGUUACAUGGCAGGACAAUAUGAUAUAA